AGCGUCCAAAGACGAACCAGAAUAUGUAUUAAAAUCGAAAAAAUAAAAUUCACUUGAAUUUUGAUCUUGCUGAACCUUAACCGUAAUGUUUUUCAUAAGCGAGCUCCUUUCUCGAGAAUAGUGACUAAUCUUCUUUUUUGCGUAAAAAACAUGCAGUAACAAUGAUGCAGAUACGUAAUACCAGAAUAAGGAUAGCUGCUCUAAUGCGCUCUCUCACCAUCCACGUGUGUUCAUCUAAGAUGAAUGACUGAUAUCUAUCUUCGAUGAUCCUCUUGAAUCUUUUCAGUUUCUAUAACUCAUAGUGCUAUAUAUGUCAUAUGUAUAUAUGUAUUAUCGGUGUUGUUACAAUGAAACUAUACACAGUUUUAUGUUCAUACAAGAGUGACUGAUGGAAGUGGGAAAACAUCAGAGGACUACUUCUUCUUUAACAUCAGCGUAAGAAAUGAUCUCGAUACAGUCAAACAUACAAUAUACAAACCAUAACCAUUACUUCGUCUUAACGUCAUCGGUAGUUAUAAAAAAUCUAAAGUAACAGAUAAGUUCGACUCAUUCUACCAAAGGGAAAGAUCAAAAAUGCGUUCGAAGAAAGAAAUUGCAGUUUGGGACUUAGUUUGAAAAUGCUAGGAGAAGACACUUCCCUCAUCCAUAUUCAUUGUCAUAUUCGAAAUUAGUACCAAAGAUUACGUACGGUUUCAUACUUUUCGUCAAAAAGUCGGGCGACUCUUGGAGAAAUGGAAGUUUAGAAUUCGAGCGAGAACUUAAAAGUAGGACGUACUUAUGAGGGAAGUCCACUAACUUGAAAAUCGUUUGCAGGCCACAAUCCUGUGGGUCAUAGGUUAUCGACGGUCCUGAAUUCGAAUAUCACCAUCAGAUCGGCUGCUACGUCUUGCAUGACUGGGUUUUGGCCCGCAAACGAUUUUCAAGUUAGUGGACUUCCCUCGUUAGCUCUUUUUCUCAAGAUUAAUAUGCAGUAAGAGACGAUACUACUGUUUUUUAUUCGCAGAUGGAUAUUAUCAACGUUAUUAGAAGCUAAUAUAUAUGGCAGAAUUCCAUCAUCAUCAUUAACAAUUGACUUAGAACAUUUAAAUUUAGCAUUAGAUGCAAUUGAAUCCUAUCAUGAUUACAACGAACAACGUCAACAAGAAUCUAUACCUGCUAUGACAUUUUGGUCGCAAUAUUAUAACGAAACAUCUCAAACCUGGAUAUCAAUACCAUCGAAUAUGGUACAAUUAUUUAAUCAGUUUGAUCACAAUUUAUCAGAAAUAAUUAAACUAUUGGAAUUAAUCGGUAUAAAAGGUAUUGCUAAAUUGAUUUCAGUAAUAGAACAACAAUCAGAUAUACUUAGUAAAAUACUUCGAAUACCAUCAGAUUUUGAUGAUACUUAUGUACAUAUUGGUCUAGGUUCACUAUUAAAAUUAUCAGAAAAACAAUAUAGUCUUGUACCAUAUGAGAAAUGGCUAAAAUCAAAUUCCAACUUUAAACAAUUAAUACAGCUAACAUUAAAAUAUUCAUAUCGUCCAACACAUGUUGACCAAGAUUACAAUACAAUUGAUCCACGUACAUAUUAUUGGUUGAGAGAAUUUUUAUAUGAUUAA